AUGGCCCCCAUCAAAUACACUCCUCCUCCUACACCAUCACCUCCAGCAUCUUGUUACGCCAUGAGUGAUGACGACGAAGAUGAAUAUAAUACCAUCGCUCAGGCUGCCUCCCGGAGAGGGGUCAAGUUACUCUUCUCCAAAAGCAAAGUCUAUGUCCAUCCAACUUCAUCCUCUAAAGAUAAUAUCCCUGGCUUCAUUGCUUUGAUUCAACAAAAAUCGACGACCCCCGCAUCACAUGCUUCUGCCUCACAAUCCAAGAACCCAGACACACCCUGCUACCUUCUCGCCUGGGUCCCAGAGUCCUCACUCGGAGAUGCCUAUGAUACAUAUGUCAAAGUCGACCUGUCGAGCGGCGACUCCCCGCCACGCCAGAAGUACCUAGUUCCGCCGCUUCCGACAACCACCACAUACAAAGAUCCGAUCGGGCUGUACUCAUUCGCAGUACCUCUUUCAGAGAUAUACUCGCUCCUAAUACGGCCGCCCAGUUUGGGAUGGUGGUUCGGUAGUUUGGUGAUCAACACGCGGGCAGGCGAUGGUUUCCCCGCACUAUUCUUCCACGACGAUGAAUGCGAGUCAACGAUUUUGCAGAAACGGAAGAGAGUCAAGGAGAGCUUUGAUCCAUUUGGUGCUGAAGGAGUAUUCUGGGGCGGCGAUGAAAUACUGCGGUGGCUGCGGAAAUAUGCGGAGGUACAACGGUCAGCGGUGGACCGCAACGUCUAUCUCAUCAACCCGUCGGAUGAGGAUCAGUUGUCUUUUGGUCGGCCAGUGAGUCACGGCGACAAGUCAAUUUCAGCAAAGGCGCAGCCUGAAGCAGCAGCCGCGUCGACUCAAUCUGGAUCGACUGAUGCCAGCAUGGAUCCGUUUAUGAAGACUCUCAAGGAAACCCGGUGGAAGGUGCUGGAGCAGCUGAGCAAAAUUACUACUUUCACUCGUCGAACUGCGAACGAGAUUGCGGACAACCCCCGCAUACCGCCUCAGAUGCGUCGUUUGAUGAAAAAUCCCGAGAUCCAGACCCUGCAAGAUGAGUUCGACAGCGCUCGCGUUUAUUUGGCUCGCUGGGCGAUGACCGUCGCCGAGCAGGGCGACAAAGAGCGGAAUCAACGUAUAUGGACAGCGCAGGAUAUGCUUGAAUUGGAAAACAGUUCGGUCGGAGACUUUGAAAUUUUGGAGCUGGAGACUGGGAACUUGGCGAUCCAGGAGCGACGCCGAAUUCUCCAACUGCCAGAAUGGCAAGGAUUCUUUGACCCAACCACAGGAAGACUCCAAGUGACGACAGAGGAAGUUAAGGAGCGUAUUUUCCAUGGAGGGUUAGACCCCAAUGAUGGCGUCAGGAAAGAAGCCUGGCUCUUCCUUCUCGGUGUGUAUUCUUGGGAUAGCAGCCGCGAAGAACGACAAGCGAUGAUGAACUCUAAGCGGGAUGAAUACAUUCGACUGAAAGCGGGAUGGUGGGAGCGAAUGGUUGAGGGGAACUCAACUUCUGAGGAGUUUGAGCAUUGGAAAGAGCAGAAGAAUCGAAUAGAGAAGGAUGUUCAUCGCACCGAUCGCACCAUUCCAUUGUUCGCAGGCGAAGAUAUCCCUCACCCCGAUCCGGACUCUCCAUUCGCGGAGACCGGCACCAAUGUCCAUCUGGAGCAGAUGAAAGAUAUGCUCCUGACAUAUAAUGAAUUCAACCCAGACCUUGGCUAUGUCCAGGGGAUGAGUGAUCUCCUCGCGCCAAUCUAUGCCGUCAUGCAAGAUGACGCCGUGGCCUUCUGGGCGUUUGUCGGUUUCAUGGAUCGAAUGGAACACAAUUUCCUUCGUGACCAGUCCGGGAUGCGCGGCCAGCUCCUAGCUUUGGAUCACCUCGUCCAGCUGAUGGACCCACAGUUGUACUUGCAUCUGCAGUCCGCUGAUAGCACCAAUUUCUUCUUUUUUUUCCGCAUGCUGUUAGUGUGGUACAAGCGCGAGUUCGACUGGAGCGAUGUUUUGCGUCUGUGGGAGACACUGUGGACCGAUUAUUUCUCCAGCAGUUUCCACCUCUUCAUUGCAUUGGCCAUCCUCGAGAAGCAUCGUGAUGUGAUCAUGGAUCAUCUUAAGCAUUUCGAUGAAGUGCUCAAAUACAUCAACGAAUUGUCCAACACAAUGGACCUCGUACCGAUCCUCACCCGAGCAGAGUCACUUUUUAAGAGAUUUGAGCGUUCAGUUCAAGCUAUAGAUAAGAAGGAUAAUUUCCCCGCUGCACCAACUGCUCACCAGCGCCGGCCAGCAAAUAACCAAGAUUCCCCUUCAAACAAGGGCAAGUCGCCUCAGCGACCCGCUAUUGGAUCAAGCAGCGGAGUCAGCGGUCCCUCGUCUCUUCAGCAGACCGUCAAUGCCGAUAAACCGAAGGUGAUAUCUCCUGAGCUUCGAGAAUUGCUUCGUAAGGAUAUCCCGUGGCGACGCCAGCAGUCUCCAUAA